AUGGCCACCACGAACCCGCCUCCCGGGUCCUUCCACACCUUCUGGAAACCGGCCGCCCUCCCCGUCUUCACAGGCCUCCUCUCCCUCCUCGGCGCCGGCGACGGCCUCCUCAACCUCACCCAGCCCGAGACCGGCGCCGCCAACUUCGGCCUGAUCCCGCCGUCGCGGGCCUCCGUCUCGCCUGCCCAGUUCGACGCCUUCCACCACGCCCUCAUCAAGGUCAAAGGCGCGCGCAACUUGCACAUGUCGACGAGCAUCAUCGCGCUCAUCCUCUACGGACAGUUCUCGGACGUCUGCCGCUCGUCCCCGGCCGCCGCGACGGCGGUGAGGAGGUGUAUCGGUCUGGUGCUGACGCUGGGCACCGGCGUGGGGUUGAGCGGUGCGUUCGUCAUCUGGGAGUACGUCAAGAGCGCGGAGAGCUCGAGGAAGGCGGUCGAGAUUGGGAGGGCGAAAGCGAAGGCGCAUUUUCUGACUAGUUUGCCGAUUCUGGCUCUGGGUUUGGCUUAUUUGUAUUACUGA